UCUGGCGUCGCGAUGACGUCACCGCGCAGACUGUGAUGGCGGAUGUUAACGAGAUAGACACGAUGAAGCACUUCCACGGCGGUUUCGAGAAAAUCGACAAAGAAAUGUGCCGUUACCCGCACUGCAUCGUCUGGACUCCCAUUCCGGUUCUGAGUGGUUUCCUGCCCUUCAUUGGUCACAUGGGCAUCUGCACAUCCACCGGUGUGAUCAGGGAUUUUGCAGGGCCUUAUUUCGUAUCAGAGGACAACAUGGCGUUUGGAAAACCGACAAAGUACUGGAGGCUGGAUAAGAAUAAAGUGUACGGCGGCGGAGCGAACGCCUGGGAUUUGGCCGUUCAUGAGGCGUCUGAGGAGUACAAAACCAGAAUGCACAAUCUGUGUUGUGAUAACUGUCACUCUCACGUGGCCAUGGCUCUGAACCUCAUGCGCUACGACAACAGCUCCUCCUGGAACAUGGUCAACCUCUGCUUACUGUCCUUCAUACACAGCAAACACGUCAGCUUUGUGGGGUUCCUGAAGACCUGGCUGCCUUUCCUGAUGAUUUGUGGGGUCGUCGUCACCAUCGCCCUUGCCGUCAACCUGCGAUGACUGAGGCUGGAUGAGGAUCUCAUCAAACACUGAGAGAGAUGCCGUUUACACCUCAGGAUCACCACGAGCCGCGGCUCCAGUCGCACCGCUGAAGCUGAACUGAUACCCAGACCUCUUUUUUGCAUCGAGACACACGCAGACUAUCAGUACCAUGGUAAACAAGUCGAUUACAGGGACUUUUUCCAUUACUGCUUACAUAAGCUUUCGCAUUUGAUAUAUUUCUACUUUAAUCAUAUCACAUACGUGGAUGGGGCUCAACGAAACAUGGUAGCAAUUUCCUGUCAAAAUGAUGCGGAUGAAGAUGGAAGCGUCGUUUUGUUAAGGCUUUUUUCCUAGAACUGUUUGCAUCUAAGUCAAUUCUCAUCAGUUGUUUGAUUGAUCCUGGAUGUUGACGGGCGUAUACUGUUUUACAGGAAUCAGAGUUUGUACAUUUGCUUCAUUUCAGGUUCAUUCCUUAUGAAUUUUUAUGUUUAUAUCUUCGUUUAUAUUAUAUGACCAAAUACAGAAGUACAUCCAUAAUGUUUGUCCUCGUUCUUUAAAAUGUGUCCUCACUUAAGAUGCACAAAAUAUGAUAUUGUGAAGAAAGAAAACACACAUUUGUGUGGCUGUAAUGCUAAAACAACCUUUUCCUCAGAAUUCUGACUUUACAGCUUGCAAUUCAGUAACAGAAUUUUUUUAGAAAAAAAGUAAAGUCACAAGAUAUAAACUUGCCAUUCUGAGAAAAAGUUAUAAUCUUGAUAUUUUAAAGAAUUUUGCAAUUUUUAGAAUUCUGACUUUACAUCUUGCAAUUCUGUUUUGUUUUUGUUUCCACCACAGAAUUAGAAAUAAAAAAGGUAAUUAACUUUUUCAUCUCACAAUUCUGACAUUUCAGUCAAAUUUUGGUGAAAA